AUGUCGGUAUCUGUUAUUGAUAGUAUGAUUCGUAGAAAUCUAAACAUAACAGAAAACAUGGGUACCUCACUAGGGCAGAGUUUGCUCCCUUCAUGCCUUGAUAUCAAGGAACGUGAGACUAACACCAAUGAAUUAACAAGAGAUAAAGAUGCCUAUGUAAGAUCUAUUUUGGCAAGAUAUACUCAAAUGUGGCUCGAGAAGACCAAACAUCAUCUUGGAUACCCGUUUAAUUUGGACUUUGAUUAUGGUAUUCUUAAUCAAUUGCAACUCUUUUCAAUGAACAACCUUGGUGAUCCGUUUAUUGAAAGCAAUUAUGGGGUGCAUUCUAGAGACUUUGAAGUUCGUGUUUUAGAUUGGUUCGCUAAUCUUUGGGAGAUUGGAAGAGAUGAAUAUUGGGGUUAUAUUACAAAUGGUGGGACCGAAGGAAAUCUUCAUGGCAUACUUGUAGGAAGAGAGGUUUUACCCGAUGGGAUUUUAUAUGCCUCGAAAGAGUCACACUAUUCCAUAUUUAAAGCUGCACGUAUGUAUCGAAUGGACUGCAUGAAGAUCGAUUCAUUAGCUUCGGGAGAGAUCCAUUAUGAGGAUUUAAAGACAAAGCUUCUUCAAAAUAAACAUAAGCCAGCUAUCAUAAAUCUCAACAUAGGAACUACCGUGAAAGGAGCCAUUGAUGAUAUCGACCGUGUUCUAAAAACUCUUAAUGAGUGUGGCUUCUCGGAAAACAAUUUCUACAUCCACUGUGAUGGAGCCUUGGCCGGUAUUAUGUUACCAUUUCUAAAACAAGGGCCUCAAAUCACAUUCAAGAAGCCAAUUGGAAGCAUUACUAUUUCGGGCCACAAAUUUCUAGGAUGCCCAAUGCCAUGCGGUGUUCAAAUAGUAAGAAUUGAACAUGCCAAUGUUCUUUCUAGAAACGUCGAAUACAUAGCUUCAAGAGAUGCUACAAUCACCGGGAGUAGAAAUGGGCACGCCCCAAUCUUCUUAUGGUACGCAUUGAACCGAAAAGGAUAUGAUGGGAUUGAGAAAGAGGUUCGAAUGUGCUUGCACAACGCUCAUUACCUCAAAGAUCGACUUACAAAGGCUAAAGUUAGUGCCAUGCUCAAUGAGCUAAGCAAUAUUGUGGUGUUCGAACGUCCUCAAGAUGAGAAUUUUGUUCGACGUUGGCAAUUGGCUUGCCAAGGGAAUAUUGCUCAUGUGUGUGUUAUGUCGAAUGUGACUAAAGAGAAGAUCGAUAAUUUUGUCAAUGAGCUAGUCGAGAAACGUUUGAUUUGGCUCAAAAACAAAGGUCAAAAGCAUGUAUGUGUUGGUUCGGAAAUUGGUAUGAAGAAUUGUUUUUGCGAUCUACACAAUUGA